AGUCAAUACCGUGGAUAAAUCAACAAGCAAUGGAACGUCAUUUUUAAAAUAAAAUUGUAGAGAGAAAAAAAAACACAAAAAUUUAGAGUUAAAAUGCUUUGUUAUUUUUGUGUGUUAUUCUCAUGAUUAUCUAGCGCUCGGUUUACUAGUGUAAUCAAAAUUCUGAAGUAAGUCACAAAUUUGAAUUUAAAACAAACAAACAUUAUUUAGUAACAAAAAAAUGGUGCAAUUGAAAAGUGUUUGAGUUUGUAAUUUCUAUUGAGAAUUUUUCGAGUGAAACCUGUUUCACAAUGGAGCGUUUCACAGUUUCACAGAAUAUUGGCCGUGUAUCAUCAAUAAAAAAUGUUUUAUAACGGGUUCUAAAUCUGAGUGUUGCAUAUACACAAAACAUGAAAUAUAUUUGUGGAUAAGUUAUUCUUAUUAAAGAGAUAUUGAUAACAGAUUUUUAUUGUCGACGGACUAUAUUUCGGUGACUCCUAACAGUAAAAGAAAGAUUUUGUGUCGCGAAAAAAAAAAUCUUCGGAGAAAAAAAAUUCAUUUUAUUGUUUAAAGAUCGUUUACACUGUGAAAAUGAAGAUUAGUCGUUUUUUUUUCUUAUAUUAUAUUCUUUCAUUGAUGUUAAAAUAUACUCUCUAUAAGAAUGUGCGAAGCUAUACAAUAUAUAUAAAUGUGGGUGUGUAGUUGUACAUACGGUGCUAAGACGAUGAAUGAUCAUUCAAAUAUUUAAUUCAUGCGUUAAGCAAAUUUCGCAUAAAUUUUGUGGAAUCGUGAGAAAGAAAAAAGAAUUUUUAAUGAAGUUUGCCUACCUGUAUGUACAAUAUUUUCCAUAAACAAUUUAUUUGUACUACCGAAAUAAUGUUGGCAUUAGUAAUUUAAAGUAAAAAUGGAACUCCAUCAAAUGUCAUCAAUGAAAAUGAAAGGACCGGAAGAAAGAAGAUACUCUUUACCGCACGGACAGUCACCCAUUCCAAUCGCUGCGUCAGAAGAUCUACACGCCUGGAGUAUAUACCGACAAAACUUAAAUUCCGACUUUACGGAUUCAGCUCUCGGCUCAUCCGAUAAAUCUCCUUUGCCAUAUGGAAAUUUCCAGUUAAGAGACACAACCGUUCAAUCCAUUUUAAAUCAUCCUCGUUACGGUCCAAAGUCACCGUUAGGAUCGAACAUGUACACAUAUUUGAAAUUCGGUUUGCCACGGGUCUUCCCGCCAAAUAAUGACUCACAAAGAUCGUCGCAUCAAGCUACGAGUAGAAACAAUCGCGGUAACGUGAACCGAGGCUAUCGGAAUAGUUCCGUGCAAGGAUUUAGUGGUAAUGGUGGAUCGUCUGGGUACGACAGCAGUGACAAUGAGACGACUAAGGCGCGUCAAACGCAAAACCUUCGAAAAUUUCGUAGUGAGUCAGAUUUUCGAAUGUUGACUGGUGCUCAUAAUAAUUCAAGACCGAGUUCACGGGCCCAUGGACACGUGAGUAAUGUGUCGGCGGCCGCUUUGAGAAAACCGAACAGUCGAGCCAGUAUAGCCGGGACCCAAAUGAACCAAAUGAGCUAUAUGGAAGGAAGACAGUACGGACACCGAUCGCAUAGCGAAGCUGAUCUUUUGGGCAAUGACCACAACCGAUUAGAGUACGAGGCCAGAAACGACAUGGAUCUGCGAAAUGGCACGCACGAAUACACGUUGUCUCGAAAUCAAUCAGGAAACCGAGGAUUAGCCUAUCCAAAUAUCAUGGUGCAAGCACUGAAAAUAUCUUCCACUUUACGCGGUGUAUCACUGUUCGCAAAAGCCGGUGAUCUGUUUGCAGUCAUGGCAACAUCGCACUCGGAAGGUACAGCGCUGAUGGAAACGUUGGCCGGUUUGCGAGAACGAUUAUCGGGUGAAAUUGCUGUCAAUGGACAAUCGGUUACCAAACGCAAUUUGCGGAAAAUAUGCAGCUAUGUACCGGCUCCAGUAUCUAGUUCAUUGGAUACCCGAAUGAAUGUUCAAAGUACACUGUACUUUCAUGCGUCGCUGUGUGGACCAGAAGAUCGAAGCGAUCUGGAUGAAAAGAUUAACAUAUUGGUGGAAGAUCUGGGACUUAGUGCAGUGCGAACAUCAAAUGUUUCGCAUCUAACUCACUCGGAAAAGCAGAGACUUAGUGUUGCGUGCCAAUUGCUCACUAAAGCAUCCAUUCUAAUCUUGGACCAGGCUACAACAAAUAUGGACAUUUUCGACACAUUUUUCCUCGUAGAAUAUUUGAGACAAUGGUGCAAUAGUGGAAAAAUUGUCGUAAUGACGUUACAGCCGCCAACUUUCGAGAUUUUAUCAAUGUGUUCGGGUGUUUUGCUGCUUUCGGGCGGACGUACUAUUUUUUCCGGAAGCCGAUCGAAUCUACCUCUGCACAUGGGCUCUUUAGGAUAUCCGUGUCCGCCGUUCAAAAAUCCGGCUGAUUAUUAUCUUGACUUAGUUACAUUGGAUGAUUUGUCGGCAGCAGCUAUGAUUGAAUCAUCGGCUAGAAUAAAUGUGUUGGCAAACUCAUGGGAACAUGACAACAUCGAACCAGCAUUUCCACCACCAGCUGCAUUACCAAUUUUCAUGAAACGUUCCGGUUUCCUGGAACAAUCAAUUGCAUUGACAAAACGCUUUGUAUCCUACAAGCAACCGGAAUCAAUUUUAACGUGGAUUAGCAAGCUGAUAGCUGCUGCUAUAUUGUCAUUGUGCAUGGGAUUCAUAUUCUGGGACAUUCCAGCAUCGGACCCAAAGUUAGAUUUAAACGACAGAUUGGGCUACCAUCACUGCAUAAUGGCAAUAGGAUUUUGGCCGUUGCUUUUAAUGCAUGUCAGAGAAAUUCAAAUGGAUCGGCGAUUUGCUGAGAAAGACAUUAAUUUGAAACUGUACGGAAGGACUGUGUACAUCGUGACCCAAUGCAUUUUAAAUUUCGCUCCGAGUCUGUUCAUUUGGUUGGCGUAUUUGUUACCAGCUCAUAGUAUGGCUGGCCUGUACUCAUAUACUGUUAAUAACGACACCGACAUUUACUUGUACAUAGGAUACAUGUUGUUGUACUUCAUCGUCAUCCAGUCAAUUACCUUAUUCUGCUCUCACGUAUUUUCAACAUCUACCAUAUCUGCCACAAUCAGCCUGAUAAUCAUAUAUCUAACAACGUCGGUGGGUGGAUAUGUGCUUCAUAUUCAAGAGAUACCAUUUUAUUGGAAAUGGAUGGAAUAUGUGUCGCCGGAACGUUGGAUUUAUCCUGUUCUUCUGGUCAAUGAAUUUAGUCAUGAUACGUUGACUAAUUCAGCUACGCAACAACUGUGUAGAAACAGACAGGUUCAACAUCAGGAAAUAAUCAUACAACAUCCGUGUCCUGUUCCCAAUGGCACCGCAAUUUUGCUUGAAACUAAUUUGCACCAGUCCUUCCACAUCUUCGAUCCGGUCAAUGUUGAAUGGACAACACUAAUUGUUUUGAUUGGCGCAUCCGUUCUUUUGUUUAUUUUUGUUUGUUGUGCGUUUAUAUUCAAUUGUCGUAGAAAAAAUAAGGAGAAAUGAGAGAAUCAAAUAAAAAUUAUUUUUUUUU